AGUUAAUCGUGGAUCGUCCAAACUGAAACAUUCCUUGUUUAUUAUUGAAAUUGUAAGCUCUCUGUCCCAUAUUUUUUCCAUCCACAAUGGUCAACGAUCCCACAAUGGAGGGUGGUAGUAAAAGUGUGGAAAUUAGUGCUGAACAGUUGGAGGACUCUAAGAUUCCUUUCUGGAAGAAAAGGCGCUACCACGUUGUUGUCAUGGUCUUUCUAGGACUGUUUAAUCUCUACACCUUGAGGAUUAAUCUUAGUGUAGCUAUUGUGGCCAUGACUAAGAAAUACAACGUUACCCAAGACGAUGGAACGAUCGUUGAAGAGCAAGAAUUUGAUUUUGAUUCAAAGCAGGAAGGACUCAUCCUCAGUUCCUUCUUCUAUGGCUACAUAGCGACGCAACUUGUGGGAGGAUAUCUUGGAUCUAGAUUUGGGGGACAUUUGAUGUUCGGGAUUGGACUUGGACUAUCAGCUUUCUUAGCUCUGCUAAUUCCAGUUCUGGCUAAAACUCACCUUGCCCUGUUUCUCACAGCAAGGAUUCUUCAAGGAUUUUUCGGGGGUAUUGUUUUUCCCUCAGUAAUGGUCAUUUGGUCACAAUGGGCUCCCAUCUUUGAAAGAUCCCUAAUGGGGAAUAUUACCUACACAGGAGCCUAUGUUGGAACAAUAGCUGCUAUGCUUCUUUCUGGAGUCCUAAGCGUUGCGUGGGGAUGGGAAAGCAUCUUUUACUUCUUCGGUUCAAUUGGAUGUAUUUGGUACAUUGCAUGGAUUUUCGUGGUAAAAGCAAGUCCAGAACUAGAUCCUUUCAUCUCAGAAGCCGAAAAGAAGUACAUCAUGACAAGUAUUGGCGAUAAAGGACCUGCAAAACAGAUUUCUCAUCCUUGGAAGGAUAUUUUCACAUCACCAGCAGUUUGGGCUGUCGUUGUAGCAAAUUUUACAGCCAUGUGGGGCUUUUACACACUUCUAACUCAGCUUCCUAUGUUCCUCAAUGAUACCCUAAACUUCAACCUUGAUACAACAGGAUUUAUGUCUGCUAUACCCUACAUUGCAAUGGUUGGUCUCCUGUUUGUUUCCGGCUACCUAGCAGACUGGGUUCAGAUUAAGGGUUACCUAAGAACAGGUCAAGUUCGCAGAUAUUGGAAUUGUGGAGCUUUCAUAACUCAAAUGGCAUUUAUGCUCCUAACUGCCUUUGCAACGGAUCCUGUUUUAAGUAUGGUUUACAUAACACUUGCAGUAGGAGCUGGUGCUUUUCCAUGGUCAGGAUAUGUGGUGAAUGGGUUGGAUUUAGCACCAAGUCAUGCCUCCAUUAUUAUUGGCUUAUCAAAUACAUUUGGAACUCUUUCGGGGAUUCUUAGCCCAAUCAUCAUGGGAUACAUUGUGACAGAUAAGACUCGAGAACAGUGGCAGAUUGUCUUCUACAUAACAGCGGGGAUUUACCUUCUUGGCUCAAUCUUCUGUUGGUUCUUUGUGCGAGGAAGACUCCAACCAUGGGCGAAGAUUGAUCAAGAAAAGCUUGCAGCUAAAAAUGCAAAGUAUGACAGUGAUAAAACGACAUCUGUUCAACACUAAAAGUUGAGUACCUGGAUGUCUGCCGAGGAGGCAAAUAUAUAUUAAAUGCAUGAGCAAUAAGAAGAAUAAAAAGAUUGUGAAAAAAUCUUA